AUGUUUCAGAAAGCAAACCCAGAGGGAGAGAAGAAAGGAGACAAAGCUGCUGCAGAUGACAAGAAUAAGAAGCCUCAGCCAAGGGAGAAGCUAGGUGUGUUCUCCCAGUCCCACUACUACUUGAAUCUGUAUCGCUUCAAGGCUGUGGGGAAAGAUGAUCUGGACCUACAUGCAGUGGACCAGCUCACAGUGAUAGAUGACUCCAAUGAGGAGUGGUGGAGGGGAAAGGUAGGGCGGAGGUCUGGCUUCCUGCCAGCUAACUACAACAUCAGGGUGCGUUCUGAGGAGAGGGUUUACAAGGUGACAUGUUCCUUCGUAGGUAACAGAGAGAUGGGACAGAUCACCCUGGAGAAAGACCAGAUCGUUGUGAAGAGAGGAAAGGAGGUGAAUGGCUAUCUGAAAGUCAGCGAUGGACGGAAGCUGGGGUUCUUCCCUGACAAUCUUCUCCGGGACAUCUGA